CCACACAUCUCCGCAAAUCAUAAUGGCACAGGUCAUCGUAGUAGGUGGAGGUCUCGCUGGUCUUUCCGCCGCGCACACCCUCCUAGAGCGGGGCGCAAAUGUCCUACUUUUGGACAAACAGGGUUUCAUGGGUGGUAAUUCGACCAAGGCGACGUCGGGUAUCAACGGUGCUGGAACGCAGACUCAGCAGGAGCUUGGCAUCCCCGACAAUGCUAAAACCUUCUUCGAGGAUACGAAGCGUUCGGCUCGUGAACUCGCUCGCGAUGACCUCAUUCGCGUCUUGACCGGCCGUUCCGGCGACGCUGUCAACUGGCUCCAGGACAAGUUCGCCCUUGACCUCUCCAAGGUUGCACGUCUCGGUGGACACACCCAUCCUCGCACACAUCGUGGAAACGCUCAGUUCCCGGGAAUGGUCAUCACGUACGCCCAGAUGGAGCGUCUCGAAGACCUUGCCGUUUCAUCGCCAGACCGCGUCAAGAUCCAGAAGAAGGCACGCGUCGUUAAACUCAUCAAGGAUGAGUCCGGUGCCGUUAUUGGUGUCGAGUACACGCUCAAGGGCAAGACCGAGACUGCUUACGGCCCUGUCAUCCUCGCUACUGGUGGUUACGCUGCCGACUUCUCAGAAGACUCCUUGCUCAAGAAGUACCGCCCCGAGUACUACAACCUGCCCACGACGAACGGCGACCACUGCACUGGCGAUGGCCAGAAGCUCGCCCUCGCUAUUGGCGCUAGCGCUAUCGACUUGGAGAAGGUCCAGGUCCACCCCACUGGUCUUGUCGACCCCAACGAGCCUGAAGCAAAGGUCAAGUUUUUGGCUGCCGAGGCACUCCGUGGUGUCGGUGGUCUCUUGUUGGACAAUGAGGGCCAGCGGUUCGUGGACGAGCUCCAGCACCGUGACUUUGUCACAGGAAAGAUGUGGGAGAAUGGCACAUACCCUAUUCGACUCAUCCUCAAUGGUAAGGCAUCGAAGGAGAUCGAAUGGCACACCAAGCACUACGUUGGUCGUGGCUUGAUGAAGCGCUUUGAGAGCGGUGAGGAACUCGCAAAGGAGAUGGGCUUGAAGCCAGAGGUUCUCAAGAAGACCUUCGACGACUACAACAACGUUGUCAAGACGAAGAAGGAUCCCUUCAACAAGAAGUUCUUCACUGAAGGAGAGUGGACUUUCAACGAUUACUUCAACGUUGCGAUCAUGACACCCGUCCUCCACUACACAAUGGGUGGUCUUCAGAUCGACGCCGAGUCCCGUGUCGUUGACCAAUCGGGCAAGCCCAUCCCAGGCUUGUUCGCUGCGGGUGAGGUUGCUGGCGGUGUGCAUGGUGCCAAUCGUCUGGGUGGUAGCUCGUUGCUUGGCUGCGUCGUGUUCGGUCGUGUCAGCGGUGACUCGGCAAGCUCUUACCUCCUGCAACGGACGGGCAAGAUCGCAGAGAAAGCAGUUGGACGUCUGGGUGCUGUUGCUGGACACUUGGAGGCAUCGUCACCUGCACCAUCAAAGCCUGCAGAGGCACCAGCGCCUGCCGCCUCAUCAUCAGGAGGGAAGACGUUCUCUGCUGAAGAGGUUGCGAAGCACAACAAGAAGGAUGAUGUCUGGGUCAUCAUUGACGGACAGGUCCUUGAUGUGACCAACUUCCUCCCGGAUCACCCAGGAGGCGAGAAGGCAAUUUUGCUAUACGCCGGUCGUGAUGCGACGGAGGAGUUCAACAUGUUGCAUGAUCCCAAGGUCAUCCCUCGGUAUGCAGCGGACUCCGUCAUUGGGUCAUUGAAGAAGUAAACCCAUUCACACCCAUUCCUGCGUGAUCCUGCCUCUAUCGUAUCUGCACCCGUAUCCUACUCAUAUCCCCCCGUUUUACACGUUUCUCUCUUCUCAUUUGGAUCGGGAGGCUGUACGCAGGACGAAAAGUGACGUGCCAUGACUUGAGUAUGUGGUCUAUGUUGUAAUAUUUAUCUCGUUUUUUUUGGCUUUUCCCUUUGCGCAUGACAAACACUAUUCAAUAUC